GCAAUGUACAGACAUUUAGGUAUCAGUGUCGCUUUUUACAACGCAAAUUCUGUUUCGAAACAAUAUUUCCUUAGUCUCAAUAUAAAGUGAACGCUAGUCAGUAAUUGGUCAUUUUUGCAGUGCCCGUAAAAUGUUCGAAAUAUAUCUAUAUUGUAUCUUUUGUGUAACAUUUAGUGUUUCUACGAAUCUCGAAUCAUCGAAACUAUUUUCGAUAUGGCGUGAUUUUCCUUUGAAAGUACUGUUAAACACAACGAGUAGUCAACCAGAGUGCCAAAAGGCAACUGAUUUUUUUUUAAAUUCUGUAAAUAAUAACGAUUUAAAUGCUUUGAAAAUGUUGGAUGCUACAGCAAAGUUUCCAUCGGGAAUACUAAGCGGUAAUAUUGUUCAGUAUGGUGAUUUUACUGAAUGUAUGGAAGUAAAAAAUGCUCAGUAUUGCCUUGCCGAAAUAGAUCUGGAGCCUUUGUGGAAGAAACAGUAUUCCGAAUACAAGAAUUUAGUCCACUCUUUUAAUUUCUUUAGAGAAUGUUUUGAAGACCCAGCUCAUAGAAUUCCUGGUUUUACGAUGAUUCGAUGGGGAUUUUGCAUACCGCGCGAAUGCUCAAGUAAGGAUCUGGAAAAGAGUUUAAAAGCCAAUUUUGGAGUUCAUGCACAAAUUCGAUCAGGAAUGUGUCAAAAAUCGCAAGAAUAUGUAAACUUAACAACUGGUGAUUACAUAGCUAGAAUAUUUUUUGGACUAAUAAUACUUGGAGUCUCUACGUCAAGCCUCCUUGAUCACUUUUUUGAUGUCCCCAAUAACGGUAUUAUAUUGCAACUAUUGAUGGCUUUCUCUUUGAAGAAAAAUGUUUCGAAAUUUUUAAAAAUCAAAGAAAACGAUAUUGAAAUUCGGGGGAUAGAUGGUAUUAGGGCACUAAAUGCGGUUGCCUUGCUAAUGUCACACAAAGCCGUGUCACUUUUCUUUUAUCCGUUUAUGAAUAGAACUGCCACGGUCAAUAAACUGAGCAAACCGUGGACAAUCUUAGCCAAGAACGCAAUAGUUUAUACCGACUCAUUCAUGCUUUUAAGUGGGUUACUUAACGCCAACGCUCUACUAACAGACUUGAGUAAUCGCCAAAGCAUGAAUUUCAAGCAAAAAUUGGUCAACAGAAUAUUCAGAAUCCUUCCAAAUCUGUUAGCUUUAAUCCUGUUUUGUACCUAUUUAUUGCCUCUGAUGGGUUCUGGACCCUUAUGGCCUACAAUUGUUAAUCACCACGCUUUUCUAUGUAAAAAAUACAUGUGGAGGAAUAUAUUAUUUAUACAUAAUUAUUUUGGGUUUGAAAACAUGUGUUUGACCCACACACACCAGUUAGGAAUUGACAUGCAGUUAUUUUUUAUUACACCACUAUUGGUCUAUUUAAUUUGGAAUUACAAGAAGUUGGGAUUCUUAGUAUUAUUCGGAACAGGAUUAGCUUCGACAAUUUUGAGAUUUUGGAUAGCAUAUACAAACGAAUUAACUAGUGUAGUGUAUUUCGGUAUUCCAAUUUCGAAAAUGUUUUCAAUUGCUAAUCUGUCGUACAUCUUGCCAACGCAUAGAGCGACUAUUUAUUUAAUGGGUAUUUAUUUAGCUUAUUUAUUAAAGUUUUCUGAAAAGGACACUUCAUUAAAUAAGAUACAAAAAACUUGUCUUUGGUGUUUUCUCUUACCUGUAUUUAUUUGGAGUUGGGUGGGACAAUAUCACAUGGUUGAAAAAACUUACGUUUAUGACAGAGUUGAAGGUUCUCUUAUUUCUGCUUUCUCUCCGCUGUUAUGGGGAGUUGGCAUAUCUUUUGGAAUUUUUUCCAUAAAUCGAAAUUUUGCAGGAUUGCUUGGAAAAUUUCUUUGUUGGCCAUAUUUUCAAAUUGUUACCAAAUUGGCAUACGCUAUAUAUUUGGUGCAAUUCCCAGUGUUCUUUUACAACGUCGGUGUAACCAAGCAUAUAGAUGAAUAUCAGCCAUAUUUCCAAUUGCAGAUACUUGAGACGACAUUUAUUGUCUUGUGCUCGCUAGUGCUUGUUCUUUUCGUUGAAAUGCCAUUUCAAAAUAUCAAAGAAGUAUUAUUUAAUAGAAAACAUAGUUAUCAUGCUCCUACAGAUAAGGCGUUAGUCAAAUAUACAAGUACGACGCAAAGGUCUCACCUCAAGAGUGGAUGAUUUUGUUGUCAACGUAUUACCUACUUAAGUUAAUA